CUGCACAUGCACCCCUGGUCUUCAGAGCUUCCGGAAGGUUCAAUUUGUGUUCAUUUCUUCAGCGAUUUCGCGACGAUACUCAAACCCAGUGUUGCAUUCUCGUAGAAUACCAGAUGCGCUGCGAAUACUGUUUCUUCCGACGUUUUUUUUUUCCUUUUUUUCUUUUUUUUUCUUUUUUUUUUUUUAAACCUUGGGGUAGUUUUGUGUGAUAGUGCUGUAGUUUUGCUGAAUUUGCAGGCGUUUUAUGAAACUGGAUCGGGUGAGGGAGGAUUGAAGAAGAUGUAGUUGGAGAGGCACGUCGUGAUGGUCACUAGAUUUUUUUCAUUCUCAAAGGAUUUUCUUGCUUUCCAAUUGGUAAAUUGAUGUCGGAUAUGUGAGUUUGGGUUGUCGGGUGGUUUAGUUGUUUUUGCUCUUGAGAACCCUAUUUGUUUGGUGGAGGUGCUGCAUUGUGCAGCAGAUUGUGGUGAGGCUUUUUAGGUUCCUUUUGGUGUUUUGGGGGCUCUUUUAGGUUUGGAUACAAGGUAAUCGCCUCCACUAGAUUGCCGAAUUGUGAGGUUUAAGGGUUUUUGAGGUACUAGUAGUGAGUUAGACGAUCGGUAGACGCUUGAAUAUGGAAAGACUUGAGAGGAAUGCGCGAGGGGAUAUGAGUUGGUCAAGAUGGAAACUGGGAGUUGUGUGCCUUCUGUCGUUGAUUGUGGCUAUGGCUGAGCUCUCCGUUGGGGCUGAGCUGGAAUCUGUCAACUUGACAUCGGAGGGGAUAACGUGGGCAACUACCAUGGACAUGGAUGAGCUUGAACAACCAGACGAGAAAGUUACUCUUGUCGAGCAGCCAGACGCUGGCGAGGGAUUUAAUUCCAUGGAGUCCAUGCUUCAAUGGGCCAUUGGUCAUUCUGAUCCAGAGAAGCUGAAGGUGGCGGCUAAAGAUGCAAGAAAAUUGUCUUCAGAGGAAUUGGAAAGACGGCGUGAUGAUAUCAAGGAAAUGAUGGACAGAUUGCGCGUACCUUCUGAUGCGGAGCUAAUGAAAAUUGCAAUCGCAGACCUUCUCAAUUCGACACUGUCUAUCGAAGAUCGGCAGCGAGCACUUCAAGAGUUGCUCAUCCUAGUUGAGCCUAUCGACAAUGCCCGGGAUGUUUCAGAUUUGGACAAGCUUGGUGGUUUAAUACUUGUCAUAGCGGAGUUGGACCAAGCAGCGGAGGAGCUUCGGACAACCGCAGCUUGGAUACUUGGAAAGGCUUGCCAAAACAAUUUGGUCGUACAAAAGCAGGUUCUGGAGUACAGAGGGCUGCCAAGGUUGAUGGAGAUGGUGGAAUCGAGCUCUCCGGAAGAGUCUGUGAAAGCAUUGUAUGCUGUAUCAGCUAUGAUACGCAAUUUUCCUCUUGGGCAGCAGGAGUUUUACAUGAAUGGCGGUGCUGGGUUGUUGGAGAGACUAUUGGGAGGAUCGGCCGUAGACAUUCGGUUGCGCAGGAAGUCAUUGUUUUUGGUGGCUGAUUUGGCUGAGCAGAGUCAUUCACUGCGUGAUGAGCAGCUUGAUGCCACAAUGGAAGAAUCGCCGCCUGUCCCUGAUUCUGUGAAUCUAUUUAGUGAAAGACUCCUGAAUUCUGUUGUGAAUCUGAUGGAAGCUACAGAUAUGGAUACUCAAGAGAAGGCGUUGAUGGCAAUCAGGAGCCUGAGCAAUGUUAGUAAUAGAAUUCGAAAAACAUUAGUUAAUGUUUGCGGAGUAGAGAAUACCUUGAAAAAAUUGAAAAGCCAGUUGCAUGAGUUGCAUCAAGACGUGGACCAAGCGGAUUUUGCUAGAGAUUUAGAGGCUUUGCGACAAGAAGUUGCGGAUACCAUCUCGAAUUCUAAAGAACCCUCCGAAACAGAGGGCUUGAGAGAUGAAUUGUAAGAUGCAGAUAUUUUAAUUUUAAUUUUGAUAGAACUUAAUUCUUUUCAUACCAUCAGGGGCUUAUUUUAACAGGCUCUUUCCUAGCAGUAUUUGGGAGGAAGCAGUGGCUGAUGUCUUCUGUGAAGCGUGUUAUUAGUUAUUCACUUCAUCCAUGACCUAGACGAAUAUGAAGCAAAUUGAAGAUGGGUACAGCAUCUUCAUAUGAUUCCGCUAGUAUCAACUUCGAGACGUUGUAGAAUUUUCUGCACUAGCGACAAUUGUUUAGCAUCUUUGGCUGGACUCCCAAGUGGUCACUUUUGUACCCGUUGAAUGACUUCCGAACAUUUUCUUAGUAUUUAAGGACUUUUUA